AUGGUUAUCCAACCUCACAAAGUUGAUAUCAUUAGGAGAAAAGAUGCUGAUAUAAAAUUGAGUGAUGAAAAACUGGCUGUAGAGUUUGGUGUAGAAUGUUUCACUAUAAGUGGCAUUCUUCGGAAUAAAGAGAAAUUUCUACAGUUGUAUGCAGAUGCUAAGAGUUCAGAUCUGAAAAAAACGCGUAUACAAAUGGCACGAUUUUAUUCAUUAGAAGAGACACUUUAUAAAUGGUUUGAAAGUUUACGUAGUCAAAAUAUUCCAGUUUCCCAAGAUUUGUUAAAAAUAAAGGCAGUUGAGCUUUAUAAUAAGGCUAUAGAACAGGGCACACAAUUUUCUAAUUUUAAAGCAUCAAACAGAUGGUUGGAAAAGUUUCAGAAUCGAUAUAACAUUCAUUGCAAAAUCAUCACUGGUGAAAGCGAAUCCAUAUGUCUUAAUCAAGUAGAGAAUGAAAGAAAAGAAUUGCAACAAAUAAUAGCUACGUUUAACAUAGAUGAUGUUUACAAUGCAGAUGAAACAGGACUCUUCUUCCAUUUAGGUCCGAACAAAACACUUGCAUCAAAAGGUGAUAAAGCAAAAGAUGGCUUGUCCCUUGGUCUUAAAAAUUUACAAAUUAAAUUUCUUCCAGCAAAUAUGACGGCUUACAUUCAACCAUGCGAUACUGGAAUCAUUCGCAAUUUUAAAGUUUAUUAUCGAAAGAUAUUAGUAUCACAAUGGAUUCAUGAGUUGAAUGAAGGACAAGAGAUGAAAAAACCAAAUAUUAAAGAAGUGAUUGAAAUAGUUGCAGAUGCUUGGGACAAUGUAAAACAGGAGACAAUAAAGAAUUGCUGGUUAAGCACAGGAAUAUUAACUGCAAAAAUGACACAUGCCAAUACAGGUAAUAUGAAAACUGAUGAAGCCGAUAAUGAUAUAGUUAAAUUGAUUUCAGCUUUAGAUAGUCUUAGUAUUGCAGAACCCUCAAUAGAUAAUUUGACAGCAAAUGAAUAUAUAGAGAUAGAUAAUAAUUUGGUUAGUGCAGAGUUAUCUACAGAUGACGAACUUAUUGAAGAAAUUCUUUUGGCUGAAGGAGUCUUACACCUGACACAAGUAAAUAUGGAAGAUUCAAAUGAGGAAGAAGAAGCAAGCAUUUCUGUAAAGGUGGGAAGAGAAGUACUUGUAACAGCCAGGAAGUUUUUAGAACAAAGAGAAUUUACAACAGAAAGUGAUAUAAGAUAUAUCCGCAAUAUAAUUAAAUGCUUAGAUAAAACAUUAUAUUCCAACCUCAGAUAUACCCCCAAAAAUUUCAGGUCCCAAAGUGGGGAUAUAAAUGAG